GUUGUUGUGGCACAGCAGCAUGCGGGCGACGAGCUGGGAGACACUGCUGGUGGUGGCCCUCAAGCUCAAAUGCUGUGCAGAAGGCUGCGAGUAACUCACGCAAAUGAAGAAGGGCGUGUACCUCCUGAACAGCCCUCAAUGGCAAAGUACUCGGCAUCCCCAUGCUCAUUGACGCGCUGGAGGCGGGACACGUUACCGACACCGCCAUGAGGUCUUUUCGUGCGAGUCCAGCACGAAUGGCAAGGGAGGUGCAGUCUGCCGAAGUGCGCGAGAAGGUGGAGAAGGAACGCCUGAGGAAGGAGAUUCGGGUAGCGGAGCGUGCCGCGGGCGGCACUCAGUGUGAGGGAUCCGGGACACGGGGGACUCUUCCCCCACGACGCGGUACUGAGCAGUCACUUUUACGCUACUUACCCUUUUCUUUUUGUUACGGACUCACGAUGACUUGCACGUACAUAGGCGCCUACAGCGCCUUAGAUAAUCUUACAUACGCACGUGGCUGAGGGCGGCGCGACGCGACCGCCUUAUGAAAUAUACGACACCUUUCUACUCGCAAACCCUCACCAGCCCUACUCGAC